GCAUAAUGGAAGCUACAAUACAAAGUAGAAACAAAAAGCCGUAAGCCACAAGUAAGAGAGAGAGAAAGCGGGGACCGCAAUCAACUCCAAUGGAGUGACGCCAUCUAUCAACACAAACGAAACAAUCAAUAGUGUACUCUCUACGAUUUCAGAUUCUCCUCUAUAAAUCUCUCCCCUUCUCCUUCUCUCUACAGUUAUAUCUCCUUUCUUCACACCUUUUCUUCCGUUUAUUACAUGGCCGCCGAAGAGUUUCAGGAAUCCGAUAUCAUUUUCUCCGACCACCACCACCACAUCGGCUUCAAGGAAAUGGAUCGUCAAAAUAAUAAUAAUAGUAAUCGGAGUGGCAACAUAAAGAAGCAGAAGAAAUCGACAACAACUUGUUCUUCCGUGCCUGUGAAUAUCCCUUGCAGCAAUGUGUUGCAGUUUUCGGAGGCUGGUGAUGAUUUUGAAGAGGAAUUUGAUAGAGAGGAAUUGAUUCCGCCGCAUGUUAUAAUUGGGAGGAGAAUUCAAGGGAAAAUGGCAUUCUCUGUUUGCACUGGAAAUGGAAGGACAUUAAAAGGAAGGGAUUUGAGCCAAGUUAGGAAUUCAAUUCUUAGGUUGACUGGAUUUCUAGAAACAUAACCAUUAAUUCUUUCAAGAUCAGCCCAAUCUCACUUCUGUUCUGUUCCUUAGAGUUUUAGAAGAAGAAGAAGAGACGUCUUCCACAAAAAAAAAAAAAAAAAAAUGAUUUCCUUUCCUUUGUUUUUGUCUUGAAGUUUCUUUAGCCUGUAACUUGUAAGCAAAUGAGACCAAAGAAAAAUUUGGGAUUAGAAAGAGAUGAAAUAUUAUUAAUUGUUCAUUAA